AUGUUUUCUUGGGGGAAAUCCUCACGGUCUAUACACCGGGUUGUUUUUGAUGUUCAACGCCUCAGCUCUCGCCCGUUGUUCAACAAAUCACAACCUUCCUUUGUCUCAUCAUCACCAUCUUCUUCUUCUCCUUCUUCUUCCUCUUCUUCUUCCUCUUCACUCAGCUCAUCAGUAGGUAGGUUUGGCUAUGAUGGCAACUACAACGGCAGAUCAGGCUCCAGUGAAGAUACUUUUAAUUUCUUCCUGAGAUCGGUUUCUUCAGGGGUUCUGAUUCUUGGGACCAGUAUAGGCUUUUCUUAUUGGUCUUCUUCUUAUCUGGAUCCGAACUCCUUUGUGUCUUUUGCUGAUAAUUGUCCGAAAGAGGCGACGGCAUGGGCAAUCGGGGAUGACCAAAAUAAAGCUCAGUUUUCCCUCUUUGGAGAUUCAUAUAGAAGAAGAGUUUUCUUCAUGUACGAAAAACGGAUCAGAGAUCAAAGUCCUCCUGAGAAGGUAUUUGAGUACUUUGCAUCGGUUAAAAACCCAGCAGGAGAGGCGUUUAUGACUCCGGCAGACUUGAUGAGAGCAGUUGUUCCUGUAUUUCCUCCCUCUGAAUCAACCCGUGUCAGAGAGGGCUCUUUGAGAGGGGAGAAGGUUCCUGGCCAGUUGCAAUGUGCUCCUUCCAAAUUCUUUAUGCUUUUCGACACGGACGGUGACGGCCUCAUUUCUUUUCCCGAGUUCAUCUUCUUCGUCACCCUCCUCAGCAUCCCCGAGGCAAGCUUUACGGUGGCAUUUAAAAUGUUUGAUCUUGACAACAGCGGAGACAUUGAUAGAGGUGAGUUUAAUAAAGUCAUGGCUUUGAUGAGAUCUCAAAGCAAACAAAACAAGGAUGGCCACAGGCUCAAAGUUUCUGUAGAAGACGGAGGCCUACUUGAGCACUUCUUUGGCAAAGAUGGCAAAAGAAGUCUCAAACAUGAAACAUUUGUUAAGUUUUUCAGGGAUUUACACGAUGAAAUAUUGCGCUUGGAGUUUUCGCAUUACGACUACAAAGAACAAGGAACCAUAUCAGCUAAAGAUUUCGCAUUGUCCUUGGUUGCAUCUGCUGAUAUCAGUGAUACAAACAAGUUGCUCGAUCGGGUUGACGAAUUGGACAACGAUACACGUCUCAAAGACAUAAAAAUCACAUAUAAGGAAUUUAAAGAUUUCGCAGAGCUUCGAAAGAAUUUGCAGUCCUUCUCUCUUGCCAUUUUCAGUUACGGAGAAGUGAAUGGGGUGUUGACGAAAAAAGAUCUCCAGAGGGCCGCUUCCCAAGUAUGCGGCAUCUCUGUUCCUAACAAUGUGAUUGACAUAAUAUUCCAUGUGUUUGAUGCAAAUGGCGAUGGUGAUUUGAGUGCAAAUGAGUUCGUAAGAGUUUUACAACGACGGGGAGGUGAAGUCUCACAGACAGGCUUCAGGGGACUUCUAUCUUGCUGGUUAAACUGUGCCACUAAAGCCUUUGGUCAGCAAAGCUGCACCUUUAGUUUCUAA